AGCCGAGUCGUGACGUCACCAACGGGUCUGACAGCCGACGUUGCAGCCAUGGAGGAAGUGAGAGUGUUUCCUCUGACCUGUGCCGUGCAAAAUUAUGCGUGGGGGAAGGUCGGGCUGGAUAGUGAAGUGGCCAAACUCGUGGUUGGUGGAGAUCCAGUAGCUGUUGUAGCGGAUGGCAAGCCCUAUGCAGAGCUGUGGAUGGGUGCCCACCCAAAAGGGCCCCCCCCCCCCCCGGGCCAGCUGCCCUUCCUCUUCAAAGUCCUUUCUGUCAACACAGCAUUGUCCAUACAGGCCCACCCCAACAGAGAGUUAGCUGCUCGUCUCCAUGCUCAGUUUCCGGAGCACUAUCCAGACAACAACCACAAGCCGGAGAUGGCCAUUGCUCUCACCCGCUUUCAGGGCCUCUGUGGCUUCAGACCAGUGGAGGAGAUCCUGGGAUUUCUUAAAUCUGUCCCAGAGUUCCAUGCUCUGGUGGGCAACGAGGCAGCAGGCGAGCUGCUGUGCAGCAUGGGAGAUGCGGUUCAUACGAGCCAGGUGCUGAAGAAGUGCUUCACCAGGAUGAUGAACUGUGAGAAGAAGGUGUUCGUAGAUCAGCUCAACAUGCUGGUCAAGAGAGUCACAGAAGAGGGUGCAGCAGGGAAGGACACAUCAAGCAGCAACGGGGAUAUGCUGCUCCGUCUCCACUCCCAGUAUCCCGGAGACAUCGGCUGCUUCUCCAUCUACUUUCUCAACCACAUUGUCCUGGAUCCAGGCCAGGCCAUGUUUCUGGGAGCCAACGAGCCUCACGCUUACCUUUACGGAGACUGUAUCGAGUGUAUGGCCUGCUCAGACAACACGGUGAGGGCCGGUCUGACACCGAAAUACAUUGAUGUCAACACGCUGUGUGAGAUGCUGAACUACAGCCCAGCCCCCGCCAGCUCCAAAAUCUUCCCAUGUGUCCAGGACGCUUCAGAUCCCUGUGUGUCCCUGUACGACCCCCCAGUGCCAGACUUUACUGUAAUGAGAAUACAGGUCCCAGCCUCGGUGAAGCAGUACACUGUGGCUCCGGUCGACAGCGCCAGCAUCCUCCUGGUCAUCGAAGGCGACGCCACGGCAACCUCCGCUGCCGCCCUCUCUGACGUCACACUGAGGCGGGGCACUGUCCUGUUUGUCUCAGCCAAUGAGAGCGUCUCCCUGCACAUCACCUCCCAGUCAGGGAUGAACAUGUUCCGAGCAUGCUGCCUCCUGUAGGCGUGAGUCUGUGUGUGAAAGCUCAUACUACCUGUGUUUGGUUUCCUCUGGUUUGAAUCAGAAAGGUCUACAUUAAGGAUUGAGUCAUGAUGAUGAUGAUGAUGAUGAUGAUGAUCGCUGUGCACUUUUUAGUAGGUAGUAUGUUAAAGGAGCUUUCAAACACAUUGUCUGUGCCCGCUGCUCCCCCAAACCUGAAUCCACCUGCAGACUGCACUAGUCGCUGCCCAAGUUCUUUCGCUUUAAAAAUCCAGCUGUAAUCCAUUGCUGCUGGAUCUUAAUUGGUUAGAACUUGUUUACCUGUAGUGGUGCAGUGACUAGGGUUGGGCAUUGAGAACCGAUUCCUACUUGGAAUCGUUUCAACAAUUACGAUUCCAGUGGAAUCGUUUCUUUAUUGGAAUCGUUUGGAGGAUUUGGUCUCAAAUCUGAUCAUAGGUUCCAAAUUUAACAUACGCAAGUUUAGGUUUCCCUAGUGGCCAGGUGCUUGUUGUGUUGCAGCCACGGAGCACAGUAAGCGGCGCUCUAGUGUGGCAUUAUUUUACGUUGGAAAAAGCCCGGUAAAACUGCAACCCACCAUUGAAUCAAAAUAAAACU